CGAACGCGGGUCCGCGUGCCCUCGCGGAUGCAGCGUGAGGUUUGGGGAGACGGCUGGCUUGGGCAGUCACAGCCAAGUCUGCCCACAGAGACUGCCUAUGGAGGAUUCCUCGCCAGACCCCACCGUGUUCGCCGCGCACUCUCUACCCAGAGACCCCCGGCUCUUAGCCACGGUAACCAACGCGUACCUAGGCACACGUGUGUACCAUGACUCCCUCCACGUGAGUGGCGUGUACAACGGGGCCGGGGGCAGCACACACCGGGCAGUCCUGCCCAGCCCCCUCAACGUGCGGCUGGAAGCCCCAGCAAGGACAGGAGACCAGCUGACCGAAACCUUUGUGCUGGACACCAACACAGGCUCCUUUCUGCACACUCUGGAGGGCCCUAGCUUCCAGGCCUCCCAGCGCAUCUAUGCCCACCGCACGCUGCCCCAUGUCCUGGCCUUCAGGGUGUACAUUAAACGUAUGGCACCGGAGAGUAUGCCCAUCAGGGUGCCACUGUGGUCAGCCUUCUCCCCAGAAAGCCCAGACCUGGACCUGCGCCAGGGCCCUGACUUCCAGGGUUUCAGGUACCUAUAUGGCCACACCUUCACCCCAGAGCAACCGGGGAGGGCCCAGAAGGAGGUACACAUGCUGUGGACCCCAGUUCCCCCAAGCCUGAGCCUUGGCAAAGGCGAAGAGAACAGGACUUGGGACUUCCUGACUGUGGUGGGUGGCAGCCAGAUGGAAGCCCAGGCUUGCCUCACUGAGGCCCUAGAGCUGCAGGCCAGGGACUCCCUGUAUGCCACCCACGUGCAGGCUUGGGCCCAGUUCUGGACAGGCUGCAGUUUGGACGUAGCAGGGCCCCUGGCUGUACGUCAGGCUCUCCGCAGUUCCCUUUACUACCUGUUCAGCGCCCUGCCCCAGCCUGGGACCUCAGGACAUAUCUGCCAUGGCCUCAGCCCUGGAGGCCUCUCCAAUGGAAGCCAAGGAGAGUGCUACUGGGGCCAUGUCUUCUGGGACCAGGACCUCUGGAUGUUCCCAAAUAUCCUACUGUUUCACCCGGAGGCUGCCAGGGCCCUCCUGGAGUACCGUGUGCGAACGCUACGCGGGGCCCUGGAGAAUGCCCAGGCCCUGAGUUACCAGGGAGCCAAGUUUGCUUGGGAGAGUGCAGACUCUGGCCUGGAGGUCUGCCCUGAGGACAUCUAUGGGGCCCAGGAGGUCCACAUCAAUGGAGCAGUGGUACUGGCUUUCCAGCUAUAUUACCAUGCUACUCAGGACCUGCAACUCUUCCAAGAAGCUGGUGGCUGGGAUGUGGUCAGUGCCGUGGCUGAGUUUUGGUGCAGCCGAGUGGAGUGGAAUGCUGAGGAGAAGAAGUUCCACCUGAGAGGAGUUAUGCCCCCUGAUGAGUACCAUGCAGGAGUCAAUAAUUCCGUAUACACCAACGUCCUGGUCCAGAACAGCCUGUACUUUGCUGCUGCCCUGGCACGGGACCUGGGUCAACCUGUCCCUGACCAGUGGCUGGUGGUGGCUGAUAAAAUCAAGGUACCCUUUGACUCCAAGUGGAACUUCCACCCUGAGUUUGAUGGGUAUGAGCCUGGAGAGGAGGUGAAGCAGGCUGAUGUCAUACUUCUGGGGUACCCUGUCCCCUUCUCCCUGAGUCCUGACGUCCGAAGGAGAAAUCUGGAGAUUUAUGAGGCCGUAACCUCCCCUCGGGGCCCUGCCAUGACAUGGAGCAUGUUUGCUGUGGGCUGGAUGGAGCUGAAGGACCCAUCACGGGCACAGGACCUUCUGGACAGGAGCAUCAUCAACAUUACUGAGCCCUUUAAGGUAUGGACAGAGAAUGCAGAUGGGUCUGGGGCUGUGAACUUCCUGACAGGCAUGGGAGGCUUCCUGCAGGCAGUGUUAUUUGGGUGUACAGGCUUCAGGAUCACCUGCACAGGUGUGACCUUUGACCCUCUUUGCCUGACUGGCAUCUCCAGAGUGUGUGUGUCUGGCAUCUUCUACCAGGGAAACAGGCUCAACUUUACUUUCUGCAAGGACUCGGUGACAAUCGAGGUCACAGCCCAGACAUGGCCCAAGGCUCCCCAGUUGGAAGCUGAGCUGUGGCCCUCACGAGCUCAGCUCCCCCUCCUGCUGGGGCAGAAGGUAUCCUUUCCUUGCUCAGCUGGCCGGAUACAAAGAUCACCCUCAUCACUGCUCUAAAACUGUAGCCCAGUUGCCUGGAAGAGUAUUUUGAAGACAUUGGAUCCUGCUCCUGCCCCAGAGUCUCAUCCUUGAGCUCAGCCCCCCAAAAGAUAGGGUGCAAGCCUCAGAGAUAUCUUGGGCCCUCCUGAAAUCAGUCCUCUCUGCCCCACACAAAACCCUCCCCCAGCUGAACUUCUCUGAGCCUGGACUCAUACCUGGUCUGUUAGCUGACUGCAACACCCCACCCUUUGGUGCCCUGUCUUGUACUUUUAAGCUAAAAUCUGAGCCCCCAUGCCCACCUGUGGUCCUUGGUCUCUAGACUCUCCUGGGCACAGGAGUUGCAGGGUAUAAACCUGGGGAAGGGGACAUAGCCACUCAGAACCACCCAAGACAGCGUCAGGUACCCUCCAUGGGAGACUUGGCUGAAGAGUGAAUAGCCAACUAAACUGGGGGCAGAACAGGCCUGUGAGGAGCGAAUGGCUGCACAAGUGUGGAUAGUGAAGCAUGCUGUGUCUGGCCGCUGUGCUUUUUUUUUUUUUUUUUUUUUUUUCUUUUUCUUUUUUUUUU